ACUGGAAGUUUCAUCUUUUCAGUUUUCUACAGACGUUUGCACUUGUGGUUUUAUUAUAAUAUCUUUGAAAACCUGUAGACUUGUUCGUGAUUGGUAUUAUUCCUUCUGCAAAUAAUGGCUGAGUAUUUGGCCUCGAUUUUCGGCACUGAAAAGGAUAAGGUCAAUUGUUCAUUUUACUUCAAGAUCGGAGCUUGCCGCCAUGGAGAUCGUUGCUCUCGGAUUCAUAAUAAACCUACAUUUUCCCAAACAUGUUUGCUGCAAAAUUUGUAUGUGAACCCUCAGAACUCUGCCAAGUCGGCUGAUGGAAGUCAUUUGGUAGCAAAUGUGUCGGAUGAGGAAAUGCAAGAACAUUACGACAAUUUUUUCGAGGACGUUUUCGUCGAAUGCGAAGAUAAGUAUGGCGAAAUUGAGGAGAUGAAUGUUUGUGACAAUUUGGGGGAUCAUUUGGUCGGUAAUGUUUAUAUUAAAUUUCGUCGAGAGGAAGAUGCCGAACGAGCAGCGAAAGAUCUUAAUAACCGUUGGUUCGGAGGACGUCCGGUUUAUUCCGAGCUCUCCCCCGUGACGGAUUUUCGUGAAGCUUGCUGCCGGCAGUAUGAAAUGGGCGAAUGCACUCGGUCUGGAUUUUGCAAUUUUAUGCAUUUAAAGCCAAUUUCAAGAGAGUUGCGGAGAUAUCUGUAUUCUCGACGAAGGGGACGUUCACGUUCCAGAUCCCGUUCUCCAAAAGGUGGCGGCAGACCACGUGACCGUUCCCGUGACCGUAAUCGUCGUUCAAGAAGCCGAGAGCGUAAAGGUCCAGAACGCAACGAUAAUGGUCGUAAGGGAAGAUACUAAAGUCUGUUUAAUAACAAGUGUUCGUACCGAGUAUUUUCUACACCUCCAGCGGCAAUGUGUUGCUGGUAAAGCUGACGGUUGGUCCAUAUUAUUUUAGCAACAACAAAAAAUAAUCACAAUAAGCAAAUUCUCAUUCAGGAACUAAUAUAAUUCUUUCGAUAUAUUCUUGAGAAUAGUUUUCGCUGAGAACUAAUUCGAAACGAAUUCCUCUACAGAAUCUUUUGUUGCAAUAACUUGACAAGAAGAAUGUGUAAAUUGAUCGAUUGCUACAUUAACUACAGUC